GCUUGCCCGCCUCCGCCGCCCCUCGCGCGCCCGCUCGGCACCUUUCCCGGCCGCUCGCCCUCUUGCAGACCCCUCGCUCCUGCUUGUUUUCCUUCCUCAUCAGCAUUCGCGGCCAGCCGUCCCCGCGCCGCCCUCCCGCCAGCCUCCGCCGCUUCCUCCGCCGCCGGCGAUUUGCUAUCUCAUCCCUCUGCUCGCCGCCGCCCCCACCGCCGCCGGGUGCAGAGGCAGCACCGAGCCCCAGCCUGGUGUGAGCGCCCAGAGGGAUGUGGAGGCACAGAGGCAGCGGACUCUGUGACUGACACAGCCCCUCCGGCCCGCAGCUGAAUGGAAAGACUGCAGAAGCAACCGCUGACCUCCCCUGGGAGCGUCUCUUCCUCCCGCGGGUCCAGCGUCCCGGGAUCGCCCUCCAGCAUCGUGGCCAAAAUGGACAACGAGGUUCUGGGCUACAAGGACCUGGCAGCCAUCCCCAAGGACAAAGCGAUCCUGGACAUCGAGCGCCCCGACUUGAUGAUCUACGAACCCCAUUUCACCUACUCGCUCAUGGAGCACGUGGAGCUGCCCCGGAGCAGAGAGCGCUCCCUGUCGCCUAAAUCCAUCUCUCCUCCUCCGUCUCCAGAGGUCAUCCGGGAGUGGCUGGAGAGCCGGACCCCGGGCAGCGCCGCGCAGAGCACCCCGCGCCCCGGGGGCACCGCGGCCCGCAGCAGCGUGCAGCACUUCCACCGCCCCGAGACCGACACGACGGAGCUGAACAUAUACAAGAAGCCGCCGAUCUACAAGCAGAAAGAGCACCAGCCCGGCGCCCACCACGGCAAGCACCUCAUCGAGGACUUGAUCAUCGAGUCCUCCAAGUUCCCGGCUGCCCAGCCCCCGGACCCCAACCAGCCCGCCAAGAUCGAGACGGACUACUGGCCCUGCCCCCCGUCGCUGGCGGUCGUGGAGACGGAGUGGAGGCGGCGGAUGGCCUCCAAGAGAGGGGAGGAGGAGGAAGAGGACCUCACGGAGGAGAUGAAGAACCUGCGGGAGCUGCAGAGGCAGGAGCUGAGCAAGGUCACCUCCAACCUUGGGAAGCUCAUCCUGAAGGAGGAGAUGGAGAAGUCUCUCCCCAUCCGGAGGAAAACCCGCUCGCUGCCUGACCGGACGCCCUUCCACACGUCCCUGCACUUGGGGAGCUACAAGAGCUCCUCGCUGCCCGCCUCCGGCAGGAGCACCCUCACCCGGCUGCAGUCGGCGGAGUUCAGCUCGGCGGGCAGCGAGAAGGGCAGCCCAGGCCUGCAGGUAAGCGCUCGCCUGGCUGCCGGCGCGGAGACCCAGCGAGAGGGUGACAACGGCCAGCGCGGGCGCAUGGACAGAGGCAACUCCCUGCCCAGCAUGCUGGAGCAGAAGAUCUACCCCUACGAAAUGCUGAUGGUGACCAACAGAGGCCGUGUGAAGCUGCCGCCCGGCGUGGACAGGACCCGGCUAGAGCGGCACCUCUCCCCCGAGGACUUCCUGCGGGUCUUCGAGAUGCCCCCCGAGGAGUUCAGCAAGCUGGCCCUGUGGAAGCGCAACGAGCUGAAGAAGAAAGCCUUCCUCUUCUGAGCCCGCCUCGGCCCCGAGCUCAGCCCGCGUCGCGCAGUGUAACCGCUUUAGGGCUCUCAGCCGGUUUUAACUAGGAACCCCGUCCCCCUCCCCAGCCCCCCCGAACACGCGGCCCCCCCAGCCCCUGCCGCAGUUGCCCCGGGGGAAUGGGGGCCGGAGGGCUCGGCCCUCCCUGCCCUGCCCCGGCGCCCGCCCUGCUGCCCUGCUCCUGCUCGGCAUCCUGCUCGCGACGGGGCAUCGGGGCGAACGCUGCCCCACGGGAGGCCGGGGGUCCUGCGCGCGGGGCCGGCCGGUGCCCGGGGCAGGCGGCCCCCCGGCCCCCCAGGCUGCCCGGCCCCGCUUCGGGCCGGCGGGCUGCAGCGUGCCGGGGCGGCUCCCCUCCCCUCCCGCCUCCCUCCCGACCGCGCUUCCCUUCGCCCGAGCCUGCGAGCCCCGGUGCCCGCAUCCCCCCCGUGCCGCGGCCUGGGACGAGCCCGGAGGCCGGGCCGAUGGGCUCCCCUGAGCCGUGCCGGCCGCCCGCCCCGCUCCCCUCCAGCCCCAGGUAACAUCCCCCCGGGGCCGGCUCCUGCCGCGAGGACCACGGCGACGCGUACACUGCCAGAGCCGCCCGGCGCAGCGGCACCGCGGGCCGGCGGAGGCAGGGCCGGCACCUCGGCGGGGCCCGGCGUGCUGUGCUCCUGCCGGGGACGGGCAGCCGCGCCGCGGGGCGGAUGGCAGCUCGCAGCCGGCGGCGGUGAGCAGGGUCGCCGGCAAAAGCGGGGGCUGAUGGAGCCCGGGGAGCAGCUCCGGAGCUCGCCGCCCUUCCCCGGCUGCAAACGUCCCGGGCGACGCUCGCCCAUCACCCGGCGUCGGGGCAGCGCGGGACUCGCUGCGGGCGGCCGGGGGGAAAGCGCAGGACAGGGCUCGGCAGGCGUCGCGGCCCUGGCACCCGCGGCGGGCAGCGCCUCCCUCCCGCCCCUCUCCCGUCCCCUCUCCGGGCACACGUUUCGGGCAGAGACCCUUCUGCCCCGCACUCCCGGCCCCCCACGCUCCCCGGUUUCUGUUUCCCGCCACUCUCCAGCCGCUAAACCUUGUUGGGAUGUAAAGAAUGUAAUUUAUCGGGAAAUCACUGGCCCAUUCUUGCCUUUCACUGCUACUUCUACAAACGACAUAUCUAUAAAUAUAUAUAUAAAUAUGGAUUGUUUUCUGAUUUGAAUACAGUGAUUCACUUUCUCUGUUUUGUUAGAUUUUAUUUUAUUUGCUGGUGUCAGAGAAUUCCGUGUGAGAGUGAUUUUUGCUUAUAAUUAAAGGUGAAAUGGCUUUAUUCCA